CUAGAAGCACCGAAUAGUGCAGCCGGAUUUGGUGUAUCACUCAGUCGAAGUAUCGAUGUAGACUCUGAUGGUGGACCAGAAUUAGCGGUGACAACAUUUGAUCCCAAAGUUCCCCUCCUUCUCUACUCUCUUCCUCUUCGACUUCGAGCAAGGUGUUCUUCCAGAUUCCAACCUCGGAUCACCGCCAAUCAAAUCCGGAAAGGCGAUAUUAUCACAGUUAGAUUCACUGCCAAUUUCAUCGAUUCAAUCAAUGGAAAAUCAUUUCCAGCGCCUUCUAACUUCAAGGCCCGAUCUUAUCAAGUUAACCCUGACAUUCUAUGGCUAGAACGUUAUGACUUCCUUAGCAAAUACCCUAACUCUACCGAUUUCCUGAACGAACUGCUUUUUAUAAAACAAUCCUUUAAACUCGAUCCGGCUAAACCUAGAUUCACUUUGAAAGAGAUGUCUGAUAUCCGUGUUAGCAGUAGUGGAAGUGUUUCCGCAAAUGUUAAACUGUUGGCUCAAGAAGAUGCUCAGUUCAUGGAAUUGGACACUAUCCCCCUCCAUGUAGCAUUCCGAUCAGUUCUUCCCGACUCACAGUGCGCUGGAUACACUCAGAGUUGUCCAAAAUCCACUCAACCUCUGAUAGAUUGGUCCGAUUGUGUCUGGAAACUUCCGCCACCUACUUAUCUCUGUCCCCCUCACCCAAAAUGCAGCGCAAAUCUUCAAAUAUCCAUAAAUGGUGGGGCCGAUUCCCACACACCUGUUCAAUUCGGACGACGAGAAGAUGUCAACCAGACCCUAAUGUUUGUUCUCCGAAACAAUGGUCCUACUAGAUCUGAAGGUAUUCGGGUACUUCUCAAGACACUGGGAUGGCCGAAAAAUGAAACACAACUUGGGAUUCGAGUUCUAAUCAAUAAAGUUCAAUUGAAGGAUGCCUCUACCGGUGUUCUAUUGGCAACAAGUGAUCGACCUACUAGUCGAUGGUCAAUUAAUCUUCCCAAUAACGGAGCCGCCGCUUUGAUUACUUCCCAACAGGAUACGGCUAUUGAUCCAGAUCAGCAACUGUUCAUCAUUGUGGACACUUUCCUUUCUGGUUUGGCCCCAGCGAGGUAUGAAGAUGAGAAAAGCGAGGAUUCAGAGGAAAUAGACAAAUUUACCAGUCCAGGCAUCGUGGCGAACGUAUCUUCUGUUAUAGAAGAUCCCACCCUGGAGACAAAUGUGGCAAUUUCGAUUUUCGAUGUCGCCUAUAAGCCCCAAAUUCGGAUUAAUCCCGGUGCCGCUCCACCUGCCCUCGUUGAUGAACGGAAGGAGCCACCACAUCUCUCUUAAAACUUCGGAUCUACUGACUUGAAUGAUCUUGCAUUUCAACUGGAAAUUCCAGUUUGGACUGACGAAGGCGACACAUUGCUCUAUUUGACGGACAAGGCUCGACUUCUUGAUAAUGGAAAUAAUGACUACCGCUGGGUCAACAUGCUACCAAAAAUGACAUCCACUAACGGAAGUGAAGUUGGAUUUUGCGAAAUUGAGGAGGAAUUUAUCAACCCUCUCGAUCUCACAAUUCGAGAAACAGGCUAUUCAA